GAGCCCUCUCUCUCCGUGCACGUGAGAUUAGGCUGCUCUGAGCUCGCGGUCCGGUGAACGCGAGGACACCGGCAGGCAGAGUGAGAACCCCACACACCGCGGCAGGAUGUCCGUGAUGAGUCCGUGGAGGAGAACCACCAGAGCCUAGCGGCUGCUUCCUCACCGACCGACCGCUGGAUGUUCAAGGUGUUUCCGGUCCUGCGGGAGGAACAGGUGUCAGCUGCUCUCUCCAUCCCGACUGGGACAGCAGCUUGUCCACUGGGUCUCUGGUCUUCUGGUGCUUUUUUUUUGCUUCUUCGUCGCCUCUGAGCCAUGUUGUGGACACGGUGGCUCGUCCUGCUGCUCUGGUGCGGGGCCACCAGCGCAGAGCAGCAGGCGGAAGGCCAGCGGGAGGAGGUCAGGGCCGACCCCCGCAGGCAGCGCUCCCCUCCGCCGGUGGAGCCGUUGGACUUUGGGUUUGUUCCCGCAGCGGUUUAUGAUACCCACGCUUACUACGAGCCGGGGACCAUAGGAAUCCUUUUCCACAUGGUCCACGCGUUUCUGUACGUGGUUCAACCAAACUCUUUCCCCAAAGAUCUUAUUGUUAGCAUCAUUCAGCAAAAUAUGGGAGGAGUUAAAGUAGAAGAAUGGAGAAAGCCAGAAAACGUUGUCCUGUUGCUACAGUGGAUCCACUAUGAGUCUGGAUUCCUGAUCUGCGGCGUCUUUGGAAUCGUGUUCGUGGUCCUCACGCCCAUCGUCGCCACCUGCUUCUGCAUGUGUCGAUGCUGCGACAACUGCGGCGGUGAGAUGCAUCAGAGGCAGAGGAAGAACGCGGACUGUCACCGAGGAUUCUUCACCGCCUCACUCAUCGCCACCACCAUCUUCAUCAUUCUGGGAGUUCUUGUCGCCUAUGCAGCCAACCAUAACAUCAGCACUCAGAUCAAAAGCACCCGAAGACUCAUAAACACCAACAUGAGGGACCUGAAGACAUUCGCUAACAACACCCCAGCGCAAAUCGACUACCUGACAGCCCAGUACACCACUGCCAAGAACAAAGUCCUGUCAGACCUCGACAACAUCGGACCUCUGCUGGGAGCCAGAAUCCACAGCCAUCUGGAAAAAGAGGUGGUUCCUGCGCUGGACGUCGCCCUCCGAAUGGCAGGAGCCAUGCGGGAAACCAAAGAAGCUCUGGAGAACGUCAGCUCUGCGCUGGAGAUCCUUCAGGAGGGAAUGGGAAAGCUCCAGGCCAGCCUGGCCGGGGAGCGCUCCUCUCUGUCCAACACCCUGUCGGACCCGGCCUGCACCAACGGCGCCGUGUCCCCCACCUGCAACACGAUCCGCUCCACCCUGCCUCAGCUCGGAACCAACGCCGACUUCUCCAAGCUUCCAAAUGUUAACGAAGCCUUGACCAACAUAAACACUGUACUGAAAAUAGAUCUCAGCAACAUUGUCCAAAAGGGUUACACCUCCUUUAAUGACACCCCAGCGAUGGUGAAAGAGCAGACCAGGAACAUCGUCACAGCUCUGCCUCGAGUGAAAAGCAUGCUGGAUAAGAUUGGAAAUGAGAUCAUCAGUUUCUCCAAGAUGUUCCCAGUGGAAUCCUCUCUCGCCAAUUUCACCAUUUUUCUCAACGACAGACACAAGUUCAUCGAGUCUUUUUACCCCCAGGUGGACCAGAUGGAUUUCUACCGGUGGAUCGCCUGCGUGGCCGUUCUCUGCACCGUGGUCUUGAUUCUGGCCUUCAACAUGCUGGGCCUGCUCUGCGGCACCUGCGGCUACGACAAGCAGGCCAGUCCGACCACACGCGGCUGCCUGUCCAACACCGGCGGAAACCUGCUGAUGGCAGGUGUGGGAUUCUCCUUUAUCUUUGCCUGGGUGCUGAUGGGUCUCGUUACCACUCUGUUUGUUGUUGGAGGCAACGUGGAGAAGCUGAUAUGUGAACCUCUGGCCAACCGACAGCUGUUCAAGAUUAUCGAUACACCAUUCCUGGUUCAUCCUGAAAAACGUAAUUUUCUUCCUGGGAUGCUCUUCCAGAAUCCAAACAUUGACUUGACUCUGGGCAGCAUGUACAGGGAGUGCUAUGAGAACAACGGCCUGUAUCACGCUCUGCAGCUGGAGAACAUCUUCAACAUCAACUCGUUCCUAAACAGGACAGUGUACAACAGAGAUCUGGCCAAAGUGUUGGAAGGAGUCCAGGUGGACCUGAGGGACAUCAUGCUGCUGGACCAGGCCGGCAGAGACAACCUCAUGAACUUCGCGAACUCAGGAGUUGGAGAAAUCGACUAUCCGGCUUACCUGGCUGAGGUGAAUAAGGGAGUCACUAUUGUGGAUCUGCUGUCUUUCUGCUCUGAUCUGGAGGAUCAAGCCGACCAGCUGCCCCGUGGAGCUUUGGAGAACGCUCUGAAGGGACACGCCAGCAGCAUCAGAAGCAUCCACAGGGAGCAGGUGGUGCCCAUGGAGCAAGCCAUGAAAUAUGUCCGAGCGCGGAGCACCCUGAGCCAGGGCAUCAAGCUGCUGCAGAAGAUGUCCAACGACCUGCCUAUGAAAGUCACAAACAUCCUGAGUGCCAUUGAUGCAGCAGAAUAUCUCAUCGCUCAAAAUGCCUCGCAUGUGGUGAAACAGGAGACAAAGGCCUUCGUUCACAGCCUGGUGGGAUACUUCAAGCAGUACACUGACUGGGUUAAAAACUCUCUAUCUGCAGAGGUAGCCCAGUGUAAACCCAUCAGCAACAUGGUGGACAGCAUGGAGAUAGUGGGUUGCAGCUUCAUCAUUGACUCAGUGAACACGUUUUGGAUGGGUUUAGGAGCCUGCUGCAUCCUGCUGAUUCCCAGCAUCGUCUUUUCCGUCAAACUGGCCAAAUACUACAGACGGAUGGACACAGAGGACGUCUUUGAAGACGCUCCCUAUAAUGACACACUGACUUGGUUCCCUCGGGCCUCGGCUCCACCAAGUGAAUGGUGACCUGCAGGAUGUGACUUCCCUGUUAGAGUGGACAGGAGAACUGGAACUGAUCAGUCCAGUAAAGGUUCUCUGGGAUUUUUCCAGCUUUUAGAUCACCUGAAGCUUCAGUGGAACAAAAAAAGGGAAUAAAAACCAACAAUCAGGAAGAGUGUGGUGGGGCGCCCCACCCCCAGCGCUCCUCCAGCUCUAACAGACCUCUGAAGGCCGUCGUCUGCAAACUCAUGAAAUCCUCUCUCGGUCGCUCCAGCAACCUUUUAGCUUCUCAUGCUGUGGAAAUCUCAGCUCCUGCAUCAGAACAGAGAAUUAAGCUGCACCUACAUCAGUUUUACCACGAAGUCAUCAUUUUAUACACUUUCAAAACUUUUGAAAGUUUUAUAUAUUCUUUUGUUAAUCUUUGUUUUAUAUACUGUUAGUCAUGUUUUGUUGUAGAUUUAUGUUUUUUUCUCUCUGUGGAUAUUUGUAUCAUAGCUUAAAUUAUUUGGGAUGAUUGAUUGCGUACAUGUUUAGGGGGAAGUGUAAAACAGCACAGUCAGGGCGAUAUGUUUUGCUACAUAAUUAAACACAUUCGUGGAUAACUAACAAAAUAAAAGUAUAUCUUUUGAAGAUAUACUCCUUCAAAAAAUAGAAAAUGAACUUAAUAAUGGCUUAAUGUGAACUAUUUCUGAUCACCAGAGCUUUACUUUGUCUUCUAAUCAUCAUGAAUGUCUGCAGAAAACUCUGGCCCAUCCAUCCAUCUAUCCAUCCAUCUAUCCAUCCAUCCAUCCAUCCAUCUAUCCAUCCAUCCAUCCAUCCAUCCAUCCAUCCAUCCAUCCGGACAAAAAGCCUAAAAUGUCAAACACCUGCUUUGCUAGUAAAAGGUUUAGUUUGUAGGAUAACAUUUUAAUUGAGAUUAUAUAUUUCAUUUGAGAUUAUACCAAGUAUAUCUUUGGAUGGAUCAAAUAUUCAUUGAAGUUUGUAUAACAUUUAUGGACAUAUUUUCUUUUCACAAACAACCAGGAAACAAAGGGGAUUCCCAAAAUGUUGAACUAUGCCUUUAAAUACUGUACAAGUUAAGUGGCAGCUCCAGUUUAUCUCAUAAUAAGUGAGAAAAGCUGCAGUUGUUAACAUAUGCUGCUUUUUAGCAUGAUGUUACGUAAGUACUUUUGGACGGCUAACGCGCAAAGGCAGCGUAGCCCAUGGUAGUCCAUUACAGCAAGCCCUGUUGCUAUGACAACAGAGGUCUAAGGACCAAAGAGAAAUUUUGGGAGUUUCUUCAGAAGGAGCAAAUCUGUGAAUAAAAACUUGAGUCCAACUUGA